AUGGCGGCACUCAUACCCAUUGGGGCUCCGCUGCCUCUGUAUGGACCUCCUUACCCCCCACAAGUGGCCGCCCUGGGUCUCAUCCCAGACGUGAGGGUAGACGUCCCGAUCUGCAUCAUCCUCAUCAUCUUCUUCUUCGCCGCCGCCCUCCUCAACGGCGCAAUCUUCCUCCGAAACAAUGCCCGGGGCCACAAGUUCCUUCCCUCGGGCGUCCUCGUCGGCUUCUGCAUCACCCGCAUCAUUGCCCUCUCCCUCCGCAUCGCCUGGGCCACCCAGCCCUGGAACGUCUCCCUCAACAUCGCGGCAGCCGUCUUCGCCGCCGCCGGCGUCGUCCUCCUCUUCGUUCUCAACCUCCUCUUUACCCACCGCCUCCUCCGUGGCCUCCAUCCCAACAUUGGCUGGCUGCCCGCCGUCAACGUCUUCUUCCUCUUCACCUACUUCCUCAUCUUCGUCUGCCUCGUCUGCGCCAUCACCGCCCUCGUCGUCAGCUUCUAUACCCUCGAUCCGGUAAGCCUCUACGACUGCCGCGUCGUCCAGCUCUUCACCUCCACUACACUAGCCCUCAUCGCCUUCCUCCCUAUCCCCAUCCUCCUCUUCGCCGCCUUCUACCCCGGUCUCCGCCGCCCCGAGCCCUUCGGCUACGGCUCCCUCACCACUAAAAUCAUCCUGGUCCUCACCGCCGCGACCCUCAUGACUAUCGGCGCCGCCUACCGCUGCGCCGUAAACUACGCCGUACGCCCCGUCCUCUUCCCCGGCUGGUGGCAUCACAAAGCCUGCUACUACAUCUUCAACUAUGACCUCGAACUCGUUGUCAUCUUCCUCUACGCCCUCUUCCGCUUCGACCUCCGCUUCCACGUCCCCGACGGCGCCUGCAAGCCGGGCCACUACGCAAAGGGCCAGCACGCCUACAAACGCGUCAGCACCCUCACCGUCCGCGAGAGGUUCCGAGGCGGCCGCAGCAGCCGCCACGGAGGGCGCCAUGGCGUCAUCAGCUCCUUCUCCAGACGGACCACGACGGCGGUGCGAGGACGAGCCUCGUCUCGCACAGAGUACUUCACCCCGAGCGGCUACCUCGCCACCGACUACACCCGGAGCAGCUACUUUACAGGGUCCGGAGAUAGCCGAAGCGGCUACUUUAGCGGGACGCGCUCGUCGGGCAGCAGUCGGUCCGAGGAGAUCAGCAACGAGAUCAACACGGGUAUAGGCGGUCUAGGUAUCGGGGGAAGGAGGAGAGAGAUCUUCCGGGAGCGUGUGGUCGUCGAGAAGAAGGUGAGAAGGGGUCGACCGACCAGGAGGAAGACGAGCGAGGAGAGGAGGCGAAGUCAUGAACGUCGGCGUCGGCGGCAUAGGAGGUGA